AUGCCGAUACCACCCACUGUCGCAGUUAUAGGCACCUGCGACACCAAGUUUGAGGCUCUUAUCUUCCUGAAGCGCGCAGUUCAGUCUACUGCUGUCUGCAAUGCUAUCCUAAUUGACAUCGGGUCCUAUGAUGCACCUGACUUGCGGGACAUCGACAUUCCCCGUUCAGAUGUGCUGAGGGAACAUGCAACCACUGUCUGUAGUACGCCAUCCCGCAAAAAAGGACAGGAGAUCAUGACCAUCGCAUUGACGCAGCUUCUGGCACGUCUACACUCAACUCAGAGUAUCGCGGGGGUCAUUGGAGCGGGAGGCUCGGGUAAUACGAGCGUCUGCACGAGAGCGUUUCGAGAUGCCCUACCCAUCGGCUUUCCCAAGCUUAUGGUGUCCACCAUGGCAUCGGGGAACGUUUCCCACUAUGUCGGUGAAUCAGAUAUCACGAUGAUGUACUCUGUUGUCGACGUCGCCGGCAUGAAUACAAUACUAGAAGUCGUCCUGGGAAACGCAGCGGAUGCUAUUUCAGGGAUGGCGAAACGUUCUCUUAUUCGGGCGGAUUUGAAGUCGUCACGCCCGGCCAUUGCAGUCAGUACGUUUGGCUUGACCACUCCCUGCGUGCAGAUGGCUACUCAGAAGCUGGAGGAGUUGGGUUACUCUGUAAUCGCCUUCCAUGCCACAGGUGCUGGGGGUUUAGCAAUGGAGAGACUCAUCCGCGAGGGCCAUUUUGUUGGGGUCCUUGACAUCACCACUACUGAGCUCGCGGACGAGCUUGUGGGUGGCGUGCUCACUGCUGGUCCUCGUCGCCUUGAGGCAGCAGCAAGCUAUGGUAUUCCCCAAGUGGUGUCAGUGGGUGCCUUGGAUAUGGUCAACUUCGGACCAGCGGACACCAUUCCAAAGCAGUUUCAGGGGCGAUUGUUCCACUAUCACAACUCCUCAGUCACUCUGAUGCGCACCUCCCGCGAGGAAUGCUCAAAGCUCGGCCAGAUCAUGGUAGAAAAGUUGAAGGGAGCGCCCACUAAUAAGACACGCGUUAUCCUGCCCUUGCGAGGUCUCUCUGGUAUCGACAAAGACACAGGACCAUUUCGCGAUGCUGAUGCGGACGGCGCUCUGCUGCACGCACUGAGGAGUGGUUUGCAGUGCCCAGUGGAUGAGUUUGAUGUGGAUAUCAAUGACCCUUCUUUCGCAUUGAUGAUCGCAGAGGCGUUGCACGAGCUAUUGCGGGCAGAGGUACAGUAG